UACAGAACAGAUUCGUGUCGCGCGGGCCUUUAAUCGAUAGCUUUGCAACAAUCUUUCCAAAAGAUGGUAGCUCACGGAAUUAAAACAAUAAAACGAAGAACAAGAACAAUUGCCUCUAUCCAAACUCGGAUAUACUAACAUUCAAGUAACUUCCUCAUAGUUUGAAAGGUGUAGCCUAUUUCUUUUUUUCACUACUAUUGCUCUCGAAGGUUUACAAGAGCAAGCUCGCGCCAGUCGGAUGAAUUCGCCAAACCAGGACGAAGAUGAUGUGCCCGUUAAAGACCCGGUAAAAUACGGAGAGUUGGUCAUAUUGGGGUACAAUGGUUCUCUGCCCAGUGGGGACAGGGGGAGGAGGAAGAGCCGCUUCGCUCUGUACCGGAGGACCAAGGCCAACGGAGUCAAACCCAGCACUGUUCACAUCCUCAACACACCACACGACAGCAAGGCAGUCCACAGCAGAGGGCAGCACAGCAUCUCCUUCACUCUGUCCCGCAACCAGACAGUGGUGGUGGAGUACUGCCACGACAACGACACUGACAUGUUCCAGAUUGGGCGCUCCACAGAAAGUCCAAUAGACUUUGUUGUGACGGACACUUCAGGAGAGGGGAAGGAGGGUGAGGACCCCUCGGUGGCCCCCAGCACCAUCUCCCGCUUCGCCUGCAGGGUGGUGUGUGAACGCAACCCCCCCUACACCACACGCAUCUAUGCCGCUGGCUUCGACUCCUCCAAAAACAUCUUCCUAGGGGAGAAAGCCACUAAGUGGAAGAACCCGGAUGGCCACAUGGAUGGUUUGACCACCAACGGGGUGCUGGUGAUGCACCCUGAGGGCUUCCCUGAGGACAGCAGACAGGGUCUAUGGAGGGAGAUCUCUGUAUGUGGGGACGUCUACGCCCUCCGAGAGACACGCUCCGGACCCAGCCGAGGAAAACUGGCGGAGGGAGAAAGCAGUGCCCUUCGUGAUGGUUCUCUGGUGGACCUGUGUGGAGCCACUCUGCUGUGGCGUACUGGAGAGGGCCUGCUCCGCGCUCCCACCCUCCGCCACCUGGAGGCACUGCGACAGGAGCUCAACGCUGCCCGGCCACAGUGUCCUGUAGGCCUCAGUACCCUGGCCUUCCCCAGCUUGCCACGCAGCCAUAGUCUGGAGGCGCGCCAGCCCUGGGUCUACCUCACCUGUGGACAUGUGCAUGGCCACCAUGACUGGGGCCAGCGUCCGGAGCGCCAGGAGGAGGGAGGAGAAGAGGGGGAGGAAGGGAUCACAACAGUCCGCCGGGAGUGCCCUCUAUGCAGGAGCGUAGGGCCCUACGUGCCCCUGUGGCUGGGGUGUGAGCCCGCCGUGUACGUGGAUGCUGGAGCUCCCACAUAUGCGUUUGUACCCUGCGGCCACGUUUGUUCGGAGAGGACAGCCAAGUAUUGGGCGGAUACCCCACUGCCUCAUGGGACACACGCCUUCCGGCCCACCUGUCCCUUCUGCUCUGCUCCUCUCAGCAGCACCCCACAGGGCUGGACACGCCUCAUCUUCCAGGGCCCUAUCGACUAGCUCGGGCCCCCGGGAAUGGAGACCACAACUACUACGAAAAUGUGGAACCAACCAUGUCACUAAGCCAAGGGCCCAAUCCUAACUUGAGAUAAUAGUGCGGAACUAACGUGAAUAUUUCCAUUUACACUGCAUCCUUGAUGUAUUAUUUUAGACAAGUGCGUGUCACUUAAACAUCUUUGAAAAUCAUGCGUUGAUGUCAGUUUAGGAUCUUGUGUCGAAGUUUAAGUUAGACUCACGUUUCUCUCAAGGUAAGAUUUUGUCCAUAACAGAACCUCACUUUAAAAGCAAUAAGAACUCCACUAUAGCAAAGCAUUACACUCCUAGAUAAGCUAGUUGUUCCAUUAGUCAUCCAUGUUUCCAGUUGUCUCUUCAGACAUGGCUGAAUGUUGUCUGCAGCUCAAGGGCUAAACCUGGGGUAUGUUGAAGUCACUGGAUGUUCAUAUUUAAUGGUUUCCUGAAAAUAAUGGUUUCCCUCUCAGCCUAAUUUUGAACCAACAAUGUAAUGAUGCUUCCAAAGUUUUUGAUUGAAUAUUCCAUUUGACAAAAUUUGAAUUUUUCUGAAAACAAAACAUUGUAAUAUUGCGAAGCGGUUCACCUCGCAAUUACCAAUAACUUACUCUAUAGUAGCAAAGAUAAGUGAUGUUUGUGAACAUUCUGCAGUUUGACCACACCUCAGGUUGGGAACCAGUCAGACAGACAAGGUCUUUGCCAUGUGACAAUAUAGCAGAAAGAUCAAUGGCUGUGACCGAAGGUAACCUCAUAAGACAACAGUUUUUCAAUUAAAAUGUAACUAUUUUAUUAAAAUUGGGGAUGUUUGGGAUGGGUUAGGAUUUUAUUUAGAUGUUAAGAUACAACUAUUUUUUUAUCUUGAGUAUUGUUUUUAGUUAAAUGUGAUUUGUAAAUGUAAGCGUUUUCUAUAUGUGUAUGAUUAUUAUUAUUAUUAUUAUGUGUGUUCGAUGAAACUGGGAGAGCUUGUGAGUGUGAGAAAAUUGCCAACACUGUGUCACACAACCAUAAAAAAUUGCCCAGACAAUGAAUGUAGCCAAAUACUCAGGCUAUACUAGCUUAGCCUUCCAAUGUGCUCGUAUUGAAUUGUUCUAUAUUAUGCUACUAUUUUUUUAUCUAAACAUCGUGAUAUAGGUGGAACAUUUCAAAUUGCUUCAAGAAGAUGAACCCGUUAAAUAACAUACCUACACUACUUCUCGUUUAUCUUGCAUGAACACACACACACACACACACACACACACACACAUCUUGCACUGUGGAUUGCCAAACCUUGCAUUUAUGUUAAAUUGUACACAGUGUUACAUGUUAAUUAUACACGGUACUAAAUGCCUCAAGUGAAUAGAAAUGCUGGCGAAGUGAGCAGUCCAACAGAAAUCUAUAAUUUAAACAUGUUCUUUCCCAUAUAAGAAAUGUACACGCCUACUCAGCUGCUAUUCAGGGACAGAGAACAUGCAGCAGAACCGACAUGAUGUAGUUAUCUAGAAUAGAGAUAAUCGUGUCAGCUCUAUAUUACCUUUCUAUGAUGUAUUAACUUUUUCAGGUUUACAGCCGUCAGUCCUCCGCACACUACCAUGCGGUAUUUGACAUACACUAUAUAUACAAAAGUAUGUGGACACACCUUGAAAUGAGUGGAUUUGGGGGCCGCUGAAGCGCGUAAAAAUCAACUGUCCUCGGUUGCAACACUCACUACCGAUUGCCAAACUGCCUCUGGAAGCAAUGUCAGCACAAGAACUGUCUUCGUCGGGAGCUUCAAGAAAUGGGUUUCCAUGGCCAAGCAGCCGCACACAAGCCUAAGAUCACCAUGCGCAAUACCAAGCGUUGGCUGGAGUGGUGUAAAACUUGCCACCAUUGGACUCUGGAGCAGUGGAAACGCAUUCUCUGGAGCAUCUGGCAGUCUGAUGGACGAAUCUGCGUUUGGCGGAUGCCAGGAAAACGCUACCUGCCCGAAUGCAUCAUGCCAACUGUAAAGUUUGGUGGAGGAGUAAUAAUAGUCUGGGGCUGUUUUUCAUGGUUUGGGCUAUGCCCCUUAGUUCCAGUGAAGGGGAAUUUGAAUGCUACCGCAUACAAUGACAUUCUAGAUGAAUAUGUGCUUCCAACCUUGCUGCAAUAGCCCUUUGCUGUUUCAGCAUGAAAAAGAGAGGUCCAUACAGAAAUGGUUUGUUAAGAUAGGUCUGGAAGAACUUGACUGGCCUGCACAGAGCCCUGGCCUCAACCCCAUCGAACACCUUUGUGAUGAAUUGGAACACCGACUGCGAGCCUGGCCUAAUCGCCUAACAUUAGUGCCUGACCUCACUAAUGCUCUUGUGGCUGAAUGGAAGUCCCUGCAGCAAUGUUCCAACAUCCUGUGGAAAGUCUUCCCAGAAGAGUGGAGGCUGCUAUAGCCACAAAGGAGGGACCAACUCUAUAUUAAUGCCCAUGUUUUUGGAAUGAGUUGUUCGAUGAGCAUGUGUCCACAUACUUUUGGUAGUGGUAGUGUGUAAUGGGUAAUAUUACCAAUGGGUAAAGAUUGAAGCACUUCAGGAUGUUACAACCAAUCAGGACGUCUUCCGAGUUCAGUUGUUAAAAGAACAACCUUCUCUUCCUCAGUGCCAGUGUUUUCACCAAACCGAUUGUCUAUUAGCUCAGGUUUAGAAUACCCAGAGUUUGCCCACGGGGCAGCACAGGACACUCGGCUACAGUAAGCUAGUAGUAGACAAGAUUUUGGAUGGUCAUUUAUUUCAUGGCCACAUUGAAAGAGUUGCAACGUUAGAGAACAUUCCGAUAAGAAUACAUUGUUUAGAAAUACAUGAAUAGUGAGUCAUGUCAUUCGGUAAAGUCCAUUUCUGUUUGCAACAUUCGGUAAAACAUUAUUACCUUUUUUAAUAGGCCCCAGUUACUGCACCUUUCAAUAUUUCUCAAGACCUUAGUACAGGGGCGGGUGAUCUCAGACCUGGUCUGAGAUCAGUCUGAUGACUUCUAUAUCCGGGUAAUAAUACAGUUACCCAGUCCCCCAGGGGUUGUGUUGGAACUAGUCAGGAUUUUUUUUUAAAGUCAGUUGCAUUUCUGUUACCUACCCCGUUAAAAUAGCCGAAAUCUCCAUUUGCCCCAGUCCACGGGAUAUUCUGCUAUUGAACGUGCCAAUUCUUAAAUGUAGGCCUAUUAUUAUGAUAUAACAGGUGAAUGAAAUAAUGUUUGCCCAGACUUUUGUCAUAUUUUAUUGUUUUAUAUCCUUUUUGUUCUGGGUUAUUUUAUCUAUUGGUUUUUUUCUCCUCUGAUUUAUUCUCCCAUUGCGCCCCAGAGUCUAUCACUCCUAACGACAGGUCCAUGGUCAGAUAUUGUUUCAGUCCCUCUAAUGCUUCAUUCUGGAAUUGGGGUGAGCAUAAUCUGAUCCUAGAUCUGUUAAGAGGAAUUUAUUAAACCUUAUUAAACCAUUUUUCUAUCUGUUUAUCCCCACCUCGCAGAUUACCUUUGAUUUGUAAGGUCCUGUUAACCUCACAACUAUUACUCUGGAGCGAUCAAAACUCUAAAUGCUUAUGAAGUGCUUUGCCUCUUACUUCACUGUAAUCCUGGGGUGCACAGACAAUCACUGUACACACGUCAAUAAACCUGUUUUAAAACUA